AUGGAUAGACUAGCCUCCUUCUCCCUUCUCCUUCUGUUGACACUGUCCAUUGUUAGCUCAUCAAUGGCUGACUUUAAGGCCAAUGUUUUUAACAGCUUGCCCGGCAACGCCGACCUCGCUGUUCAUUGUAAAUCUGCAGGUUCAGACUUGGGCACACAAACUAUAACCUAUAAUCAUGACUUCACCUGGACCAUCAAUAACGUUCUGAACUGUGAUCUGAGUUGGGGCACUGUGAAGGGAAAUUUCGAUCUCUAUGAUCCGAAAAGAGAUGCAGCAAGGUGUGCUUACGCUAACACUUGCUUCUGGCGUGCGCAGCCGGAUGGCUUGUAUCUAUUCAUCAAGGAUCAUAAGAGGCUGGAGUUGCAGUUUAAAUGGCCGGGAAAGAUUUUGGCUUAG